ACAACACCUUCAAAGAUCGGCCCUCAGAGUCAGACGAGCUACAGACCAUCCAAGAGGACAGUGCAGCAGCUUCAGAGAAUUCGGAUUUGAUGGCUUCACAAAAACGCUCCUCUUUCCGGCACGGAUCAAAAAUGGCAUCCGCGAGCACUACAGACCAUGCUAGACAUGGAUCUCCAAGGCACAGAGACUCGGGUCUACUUGACUCGCUGGGCAGAUUCUUUGGAGGUGAAAGACACGUUCCCCGGCGGGGCAAGGAUAUACACGCCAGGGCCAGCCACCACGUAGGGUCCUACCCCCAGAGAUCUCAGCAUGGCCGGCCUGGUGACGACAACCCCGUAGUCCACUUCUUCAAGAACAUUGUCUCACCUCGUACACCUCCCCCAAUGCAAGCAAAGGGUGGUGAAGGACACAAACCAGGAUACGGAGGAAGCGGAAAAUUCUAUGAGCAUAAAUCUGCUCACAAGGGACAUAAGGGAUCCUAUCAUGAGGGCCAGGGCACUAUCUUUAAACUGGGAGGCUCUGGGUCCCGACCUGGAUCACGGUCUGGUUCACCAGUUGCUAGGCGCUGAAGCUCUAAGAUGCCACCCAAGGAUCAUGUACUCUGCUUCGUAAUAUAACUGCCUUAAAAUUAGUAACAACUGCAACAAUUACCUAGAUAGAUGCGAUUCAUUACUUAAUGCCAAUUAGGUUCUGCAUGCAGUAGGUUAUACAAACUUCUAUUGGCAAUCCCUGACCAACAGUUGAAUGAAAGGAACACAAAAAGUAGCUUUACUAGAAGUUUUCCUUACUUUAUGUGAAGUAACAAGACCUCUGACUUUACUCAUUCUUCUUCAGGUUGCCCUAACUGUAUGCUGGACUUCAUUACUUCCCCCAAGCACCUAACUUGAGCUCAAGUCUUCUGGUUUUGUUUUAGUGAAUAUCACAAUUACAAAUAAAGAGCUACUGUCUUGGAUACUGAGCACUGCUGUUAAUGAAUUCCUGAGAUACUGCUGUUAAAAAGAAAAAAAAAAUCCAUCAUGUGCAGAAGUUGUAAGGACUGUUUAUCCAAAUACUUUUUUUGAUUUGGUUUUGUUUUGUUUUAAUCUUCCUUCUCUCACUCACAGAGUAAUUUAUUUUCAUAACAGGAAUAGGCAGUCAUGGAAAGGUUUACCAAACAUUGGGAGUUCAAGGUAUGUGAAGUGUGGGAGGGGGCAGAUGUUGUAGAAUCAAUACGGUGCGGAGCAAUAGUAAUAAGGAAAUUCGUUCCAUAUCAUGAAUUGCUCAUUGCAUCCAAACCAUUAGAAUUAAGAGUAGAUGAGGGAGAGAAAGAGGAUUUCAAAUUUGAGUUAGGCUAAUGUUAAGAAACAAGGGAUAUUCCCAGGGAAGAAACAUCUACAAUUGCACGAGUGACCACUGGACGUCACCGGUGCUUCACACAAACUGCUGCAACAGCAUUAACUUUGCAGUAUGAUAAAUAAGUAAAUAAAUACGUUAAAAAGUCUAAUUUCUGAAAGAGAGCCCUUCAGUACUGGUAUCUCAGAUAGUCCUGCACAUCUCGCGUUCGAAUUUCAAAUCUUUCUCUUGGUACUGCAGCAGUGUCAUAUUUGACCGGUUCGUGUUUUGCCCAGGGAACCUCUGGAUGCCUGUUGAGGGCAGUGCACCAAAGCAAACUCAUAGUAAACUACUGUGAACAUUUAACUGUUGUACUGUAGUUGCCUUAUAGAAAUAAAUUAUAGCCGUUAGAUUUAGAUAUUAAUUGUUCACAAUUUACUAAAAUUAAUGUGUGGCAAUGGUAUUUCCGACCACACUUAGGAAAAGAAAAGGCUCUUCUGAAUUGCACUGUUUUGUUACUUAAACUUACCAGUUCUUCAAGCUAUCGUCUAAGUGUCUGAUUAAUUUUUUUUUAGUUUUAGCCUAUGCAUUGCAGACUACAGUUAAUGCUUCCCGGGUUGAAACUGCAUUCUUAAUAAGUGCCCAGUAAAAGUUACCUAUAAAUAUCUAUGAUAAUUGCAUUUCACAUUUAGAUCUAUUGUAGGGUUUAAAUCAGUGUCCAUUAAUAUAAAUCAAUGGAAGAUGAGAGGAUAGAAAAUACAUAGAGACUAAAGAAAACAAAACCACCAAAGUCAUUAAGUAUACACACACGUAUUACAUCUUUUAUUACCUAAGUAAGUUGGUUGCUAUGUGAAUUUUUCUAUUGUAGCUUCAUUCAGAUGUAUACUCUGCAACAUAAUAGUUAAUUUGGAUACGUAUUGUUCUUAUAGGAACACAGCUUUUAAAAAAUCUUCAUUAUUGAAAUAAAGUAAUCAACUUGAAAUGAAA